UUUAGCUUAUUACCUUCAAGAUUUAAGAGGAAGUCACUUAUAUAUGGUAAGUCUCAAGUUAUGGGUUUGUUUGGUGUUGCUAAUUCUAUUACUCAAAUUAACCUCGGUGCACCACUAUCGAGGUUUGGUUGCGGAAGAGAGUUUUCCUGGUCGAGUCCGUUUGGAACAGAUUAGACGAGAGCUUUUUGAGAGGUUAAAAGAGGUGAAGGUGAGAUCAGAAGGCGAAGAGACGAUCCUUGGAAAUACUCUUGAUUCGAAGCGACUUAGUCCUGGCGGUCCUGACCCGAGGCAUCACUGACCUAGAAGAAUGUAUAACUAUGUAAUGCCAUUUUUGAGAGAAAGGUUCAAUAAGAUUAAAAACCUUUUAACUUAAUCCUAAUGGUGUAAUGUAUUCGAGCUCUAAUCUUCAAAUAAGAAAGAUGCGUCACCUAAAACAGCUUGCUAGCUCGACAUAUGUAACGUA